AUGAAGCGUCUCCUCACCCAGCUCCAACGCUAUACGAGUACCCCACUUCUCCACACGCGUCCCUUUCACAGACUCAAUAUCAGAUCAUCUUUCUUCGCGCGCUCACGAUCACUAUCAAAGAUUCACACCAUCAGUUGGUCACAUCAUGCCGACUAUCCCAACUAUCCUGCACCAAGCCCGGCAGAGGAAAUAGUGUCCGAGGAAGAAAACUGGGCACGUAUGAUUUCAGAUCAAGGAGGUGUCAUGCAAGACAGUGAAUUCCAUUACGUAGGCUUCGUCGCCUAUCGUUGCACAUACGCCAAUUGCUCUGAAUCUCGCUGGCAAGAGUUCAAAAAGGUUUUUGAGAAAUUGAUGUUGAUGCAGUGGGAAGACCAGGCCAGAUGUGGCUAUGAUCCCGAAGACAACAGGAAAUGCUUUAAAGUUUUCUGGGUUGAGGAAAGAGAGGAACUAGAUGGUAAAGGGAUCACAGACCUGGGGUUUUUGAGAAAGAAAUUCGAAAGCUUGAUCGGCGGUCAAUUCACGGACCCUGAUUUGAAAUUCGUUUCCACGGCUAUGAAUGUAUUUCUCUUGGUCGACGACAAAGUCAUCUCUUUUCUCCUCGAUUUCACUGGAGAUAAGGGUAACAUCCCGUUUGUGCACGCUGUUGCAGCUAACGCAGAAGAAUGCGAAGACGACUGGGAUGAGGAUGAUCUGGAACUGUCCUACCAAGGCCAUUACAAAGUGGCCGUGGAACUACUUGGAGAAUUCUGGGCGAUUGUCGGGUCAGGUGAUAUGGGGAUGGAGGAAAUUUGUCUAGAACAACACGGAGGAGGUAUUGGGAGGACAGUAGGAAUGUAUGCUCUGUACGAAGAUUGUAACAGUCAAAAUGUCAAGGAAAAGCUUUUAGAGUAA